UUUAACCACAAGCACACCUCAGAGAGGAGACAAGAUCCCAAACUAAGGAUUUUAUCAGCACUGCCUGUACAAGGAGUCAUGACCAAGGAGAUUGAGGCUCUCAUGGUACAACAGAACGAGAGUUUCAGCCACAUACGCACAUACGAAAGUUACGUUAUGGACUACUGGGCCAACAUGGACAAUAGUAACCUCAGUAAAACUAAACCCAGACUGGCUUCAGAUGAAGAUCUGGCUACUCUGAACCUUCUAUAUGAUGCCUGCAAGCCUUCAAAAGAGCAGAAGAUGACAUCCUGUGCCCGUGAGAGCAGCAUGUACAAAUCAAUGGAGAGGACGGCGAACAGCUCUUCCCCAGAACUUGCUCCACUGGAGAACGCUCACAUCAUGAAGUUCCUUUCCGAAAACAUGUCAUUCAACCCCUCAAAGCCAAGCACCGACAGCUAUGCAACGGACAACUAUGAUAAGCAAGUCAACCUAAACAACAUCUUCGACUCUCUCCUGCCCCAACCUUCGCAGAAAUCAUGGCAAUCUGAUCAAACCUUUCUGGAGGCCACACCUGAGCAUAUUGGCCACAAUGGAUUUGGGGGACAGACAAGCCCUGUUUACUCAGAUUCCUACUCUUCUCCAGGAAGAUACAGGAAUGAUUUCCAAUUCCUUCUCGGUGCCCCACAAGCUUCCCAGCACAAGACGACAGAAAUCCCCAUGGUUUACCUCAACAAGGGCCAGUUUUACCCAAUUACACUGCAGGGGGUUGACAGCACUGCUGGUGUGCCAUGCAGCAAAGUAAAAACGGUGAUCAUGGCAGUGUUUGAGAAUGACAAGAGUCCUGAGAUGCAGUUGAAGUACUGGAACCACUGGCAUGCUCGACAGCCUACCGUUAAACAAAGAGUCAUUGAUAUCGCUGACUACAAGGAAGUUUUCAGUGGAGUGAGUAACGUGGAAGAAGUUGCUUUCAAUGCGCUGUCCUUCAUCUGGAACACCAAUGAAGAAGCGAAGGUGCACAUUGGCAUCAAUUCUCUGAGCACUGACUUCUCCUCGCAGAAGGGAGUUAAGGGUCUUCCUUUGAAUCUUCAGAUCGACACGUACGAUUUCAGUUCUGGGAAUAACCGUCUCAUUCACCGAGCUGUUUGUCAGGUCAAGAUCUUCUGCGAUAAGGGGGCAGAGAGGAAGAUGAGAGAUGAGGAGAGGAAGAGAAGCAAGAGGAGAACCAAGAACACCGCAGACUCCAGCAAUAACAAUUGUAAACAAUCUCUAGUCUCCAGCUCUGUCGGAAAGGACUCGACUUACUUUAAAACUCUAGACGAUCACGUCACUCAGCCGGUUUUAUUCAUCCCAGAGAUGCACUUCAGCACAAUGCAGCGCUGUGGCCUGGUGCCCCCUGUUAGCCUGGAGGAAAGUGACAGGUCAUCGCUGAAACGUUACGCAGAAGCCAAUGACCAGAGCAGCUCGCCGCCAAGCAAACAACCCCGCCGAGACGAGCAGCAGAGAGUUCUCCUGUACGUCAGACGAGAAUCUGAGGAAGUAUUUGAUGCCCUCAUGUUGAACACGCCAAACCUCAAGGGCCUUAAAGAAGCGAUUUCAGAAAAGUAUGGCAUGCAAGAAGACACCAUUGGGAAAAUUUUCAAGAAGUGCAAAAGAGGGAUCUUUGUAAACAUGGACGACAACAUCAUCGAGCAUUACAGCAACCACUCUGCCUUCCUCAUAGAGAUCAGUGAAGUCAUCGUUAACCACUACCAGGUCACACUUAUGGAGUUAUAGAUGACAUCAUCGACUAACGACACCACACCUGGUGCUGCUGGCAGCCUCUCCAUCAAAAAAGCAGGACAGCGAGCCACAUUGCUACUCACCUGCCAGCUAUAACAUCUUCACUUUGACAUCACUGCUGACCUGUGUACAUAUCAUUUACCUCGUUUGUACCUUUUUGUUAUUUUAUCGACAAUUAUUUUAUAACGCGAGCAAUUAUGAUCAAUAAGGUACAUGAACUUUGUAAAUAUUUAUUGUAAAUAGACGUAAUUAUGAUAAUGUCGUGUGAUGAUAUGAUUUUAAAAGAGUAAUAUGUUAUUAUUUCAAUGACAAACUUGCCUUUUUUUGGAGCUGACUCUUUGCUGCUUAUGAUAGGCCCAUCAUUUCCAGGACAGGAUGUGACGCGUUUGUAUCGCUUUUUGCUCUGAUGGUGGUUUGCAUGUUUAUUAUUCUUGCCGUGUGUUACUUCAGCAUGCUUCCAGUCAGGGUGCUGUAACUAUCAGCCUUUUAGUUUCACAUCUGAGACACUCCACAGACACAAGAGUGUUUUAGACUUUAAAGUCGCACAUUUCCACCCUCAAAGAGCCGCAUGUCUGUCAGUGUUUCACUACAUUUUAAAAACUGGCUCCACGCAUUUCGAAUCUGUGUGGCUGUAAGGACAACCAGCCCCUUUGUCCUCCAACAUUUAGACGAAAAAAAGUUCGGAUGAACCACUGCAACAUCGAACUUGCCCCAAUAUCAGCUGAAAUAAUGGUGACUUUUCAUUUUGUGUGUUUUGCUUCACAAAACUUGUACAUUUCAAAUGCUUUGUAUUGCUGUCAAACAAUAUUGAUAUACUAAAGCUGUUUUCCCUUUUUUACUGCCUCUGCUUUUAUAAGGAAAAUAAAAUCAAAAUUACUUUA